CUUCCUGAGGAAGACGCUACGUCGGCUGCCGGGUCCUGAAGGAGACUCCGGACACAGACGGGGCACGGUCGCGGUCCCUUCCGGCUCCUUCCGCCGCCGCCCAACAGCCUCUCAUCGGCCGCCGCCACCGCUCCAUGCGGAAAAUGCUCGCCAUCGUUUCCCGCGUGCUGACGGGCGCCUCCCAGAAGCCGGCUGGAAGAGUGCUAUUGGCAGCCCGAAACUUUGCAAAUGAUGCUUCAUUUGAUAUUAAGAAAUGUGACGUUCAUCGGCUUGAGGAUGAGCCUCCCACCACAGCAGUGCUCACCAGAGAGGAAGGACUCAAGUACUAUAAGACCAUGCAGACCGUCCGCCGGAUGGAAUUGAAGGCAGACCAGCUCUAUAAGCAGAAGAUCAUCCGUGGUUUCUGCCACUUGUAUGAUGGCCAGGAAGCCUGUUGUGUGGGGCUUGAAGCUGGUAUAAAUCCUACAGACCAUGUGAUUACAGCCUAUCGAGCACAUGGCUUUACCUAUACUCGUGGACUUCCGGUUCGAGAAAUUCUGGCAGAGCUUACGGGACGAAGAGGGGGAUGUGCCAAAGGAAAGGGAGGGUCCAUGCACAUGUACGCCAAGAACUUCUAUGGUGGCAACGGCAUUGUUGGAGCUCAGGUACCUUUGGGAGCUGGCAUCGCCCUAGCCUGUAAGUACAAUGAAAAAGAUGAGAUCUGUUUGACUUUGUACGGAGAUGGUGCUGCUAAUCAGGGUCAGAUAUUUGAAGCUUACAAUAUGGCAGCUCUGUGGAAGUUGCCUUGUAUUUUCAUUUGUGAGAAUAAUCGAUAUGGAAUGGGAACUUCUGUAGAGAGAGCAGCGGCCAGCACUGACUAUUACAAAAGAGGAGACUUCAUUCCAGGAAUAAGGGUAGAUGGUAUGGAUGUUCUUUGUGUCCGUGAGGCAACAAAAUUUGCAGCUGCCUACUGUAGAUCAGGAAAGGGCCCCAUGUUGAUGGAACUACAGACAUAUCGUUAUCAUGGACACAGCAUGAGCGACCCUGGUGUCAGUUACCGUACUCGGGAAGAAAUUCAGGAAGUAAGGAGUAAGAGUGACCCUAUCAUGCUUCUCAAGGAUAGAAUGGUGAACAACAACCUUGCCAGUGUUGAAGAAUUAAAGGAAAUUGAUGUUGAAGUAAGGAAAGAGAUUGAGGAUGCUGCCCAGUUUGCUACGGCUGAUCCAGAGCCACCGUUGGAAGAAUUAGGCUAUCACAUCUACUGCAGAGAGCCGCCUUUUGAAGUUCGAGGCGCCAAUCAGUGGAUCAAAUACAGAUCUGUCAGCUAAAAGGAAGCAUGUGUCGAAUUUUAUAUAGGGCUUUUAAUAGAACUUUAUCUUGUCAUCUCUAAGAAACUAAUUGUUACAUUUAAGGAAGGGAUGAAACCUCGAAAAACAAACAUUUUGUCUUGUCAUUGGAAGAUACUAAUAUAUACGUUAAAUUCAAGGUUAAAUAGUUACAUCCGUGCUAUAUUUGUACAUUAUGGUAAUUGUUUUAUUAAAGGAACAGAACCAAUGGUUUGUGUGUUUAUUCUACAGUUUAUGCUGCUUUUUUUAAAGAUGGAGAUUAGCAAAAGUAGGGAGAAAAUAACUUAGCUGAAAAAAAAUGUAUUUGAUCACAAACACAAAACCCUUAAGUAGGCCUUUUUGUUGACUAGAGGGAAACCCUAACUUACAUGGCUCCCCCAAAAAGCUGAUAAAACACCCAAAGGGAGAAAAAAAAUGCUUCUUUGUUUUUUAGCCUAGUGAAGUGAUAUUACUGAAUGGCAAGCACUGUCAGGUGGUAGUUACUACAUAAUUUAGAAUAUUACAAUUGUAGUGUUACAACGAAAAAUUUUGUCAAAUGUCACCGUGACUAAUUGUAUUAGAAUGAUUGUAUCUGCUUUUAUUUUUAGGAAAGAUGAAGCGUUGAAUUACCAUUCCCAACCAAAUCAUACUUUUAAAAAUAUAACAAGUGAAAAAAAAUCAAAUAAUUUACUUUUCUUUAUAAACACAAAGCUGUUUUUCUCUUGAAAAUUACAUAUUUACAUUACAAUUUCAGGUUUUUAAGUACAAUAAAUAUUCCUUUGCUAACUGUUAAUUAUAUGUUAAUGAGCUUGUCUUUGUAAAGCUGCAGUACUAACAAUUAGUGGUUAUUUUAUUACAAUAAUACAUUCAUUUCUUUCACUCUCCCAGAAAGUGAUGUAAAACAUAAAUGUAUAUAUUUCAAUUAGUAAAUUUAAAUUGUUCUUUAAAAAAUCAGGAUGCACCAGCAUGCCUAAACAAGGAUUCCUUUAGCUGGAUAUGACACAAUUUUAUAUAUAUGUUGUGUCUACAUAUUUAUUUCAGUUUUCAUAAAUGUAUCAUUAGAUAUAUUCGAAGUGACAUCGAUUUUUGGAAAAUAACCUGUUUAGAAUUAAAUUCCUAAAUUGUUAAUUGAGCAAUAAACAAUUAAACAAUAUUGCAUAAAAAUAGCAGAAUUUGUAUACAUAUUUACAAGAAGUAUAACAGAGAAAGAUGUGGAAUGUUUAACUCACUCAUUUCCACAGCUAUUUAUUAUUCUGGGUUUUUUGGUUUGUUUUUUUUUUACUGUGAUUAAACCUGAUGUUUGAUUUGUGAGGGUUCGCAAGCCUGUUGUCUGUGCUUUGAGACUGUGUUCCAGAUUCUGCAGAGAAGACCACCACUAUGAAGAUUUAAAAAAAAAAUGUUCCCAUUAAAAAGUUAUUUUGAAGCAAA